GUAAUAACUAUUCAGAAAGCGGGCAAUAGGGUUGGGUUUUUGAUUAGUUUGGGUGAACCCUAGCUAUAUAAGCCAUCCCAUUCCGCUGCUGCGUUUCAUCUCACAGCAGCCGCAGAAUUCAGAAGAGAGGAUCGUCAAAUUCUUCACCAUGACGUUCAAGCGCAGGAAUGGCGGUCGCAACAAACACGGCCGCGGCCACGUCAAAUUCAUUCGAUGCUCCAACUGCGGCAAAUGCUGCCCUAAGGACAAGGCUAUCAAGAGGUUUUUGGUGAGGAACAUUGUUGAACAGGCUGCAGUCAGAGAUGUGCAGGAAGCCUGUGUCUAUGAACAAUACACUCUUCCCAAACUGUAUGUGAAGAUGCAGUACUGUGUUUCCUGUGCCAUCCACUCUCAUGUUGUGAGGGUUCGAUCCCGCACUGACAGGAGGAAGCGUGAUCCUCCACAGCGAUUCAUCAGGCGCAGGGAUGAUGCACCAAGGCCUGGUCAGCCUGGUCAAGCCCCACGUCCUGCUGGAGUAGGAGCCCCUGCCCGUGCUUAAAAGCAAAUUCUAAGCUUUUAGGCCUUGCUGAUUUAGUUUUAUGUUAUGAACUUAUAUUCCAUUUGCUGUUUAUUUUUUGAAUUUUCAGUUUUGUGUAGGGAUAUUAUAUUUUCUUAUUGGUUCGCUUUAGUCCUCGGAGAAUACUUGCAUUUCCUAUUGUUCUAAUUUUGUGGUUUUUGAGGAGAAUGAAACUUGAUAUAUUUAUAUAUUUGUGCUUUUGAAGUA